AUGGGUGCCUUCAUAUCUCGGUCUCGACGGCGACAGUAUACUACAGGCAGUCACAACAUGCUGUAUUCUCCAGAGGCGCCUUCAUAUUUUGAAGUUUUGCACAAGGGAAAGAGAGUUGAAUCCGGGUUUACAAAUGGGGAGGCCUCGGGAUCUCAGAAUCUAUCUGUACGAGCCUUGGUGGAGUCUUCCUGUCCAAGCUUAACGCAGGACUACAAGCCCACUUGGUGGUUGCCUGGAAUAUUACUCAGUGGUCAUUUACAGACUGCAUUCUGUGUAGCCGGCGACUUUACUAAAGUAGAUGAGAUUCUAUACGAACGGACCUUACUUUCCAUACCGGAUGGUGGUACUCUAGGCUUGGACUUUACGCCCCGAACACAAGACUUGGAGCUCCCGCCUGAAACACCAAUCGUUGUGGUCCUGCACGGGCUCUCAGGAGGUUCGCACGAGUCCUACGUAAGGUCUAUUUUGUCGCAGGUCUGCGCCUCACCCGCCAAUGGCGGACUCGGCUACCGUGCGGUUGUAGUAAACUUCCGUGGAUGUGCUGGUGUUCCAUUGACUUCCCCACAGUUUUAUUCGGCUGGACAUACGGAGGACAUUCGGAUCGCAUUGUCUUACAUACAGAAAACGUACCCGCGGGCCAGGUUGACAGGGCUUGGAUUUUCUUUGGGCGCAAACGUGCUUGUUCGCUAUCUUGGCGAAGAAGGCGAGAAGAGUCGAUUAGAUGCAGGAUGCGCGCUUGGUUGUCCGUGGAACUUGGUCGAUAACAGUAAGAAUCUGGAAGGAUCAUUCUUCUAUCGAAAUGUCUACUCCAGAGCAAUGGGGGGAAACCUCCUCAAACUGCUCUCGCGGCACUUGAAGACGCUGGCUAAACUACCACCGUCACGUCUCACUCCGCAUAUUCCAAAAGCAUUCAGCCUCAGAAGUCCCACAUUGAAACAAGUUGAUGCGCAUUUAACGAUCAUUGCCGGCGGUCACUCACCACCCUUUCCGUUUCCUUCGCCCGACGAAUACUACGAGUGGGCUCGGAGCGAUACACACGUAGGGAUGGUCAGAGUGCCUCUUUUGGCCAUCAACGCGGCGGACGAUCCAAUUGUGCGGACGCUUCCCGUCGAGGCUGCGUUGCAAAGCAAAUGCGUAGUGCUGGCUGUGACACCCAAAGGAGGACACCUUGGAUGGUUCGAAGGCGGAUCACCGUUUAGAAGGACCAGACCUCCACCACGCUGGAUAAGAAAGCCUGUGUCAGAGUGGAUACAAGGAACUUGUGAAGUACUAACUUCGCGGCGAGAAGUCAGCAGUGAAUGGGUAGAGGACGAGAAUGGCUUCACUGUGGAACGCGAGAAGAGGCACAUUGGCUUUAGGGUUCAUGCCUUACACGAGACGGUUAUUGGUACUGCAGACGAGGCUCAGGGUGGGCUCCAGGGACUAUAG